CUUCCCUAUAAAUUCAAGCCCCACUCGCGUUUUCACUGGUUUAUCGUGCAACAACCUCAUUCCAUUUCAGAUGGAAUUUAUUAAACCCAUGGACCAACCUGGGGAGAGCGCAACAGACCCUCCAUCAACUGAAGUACAUUGUUUUGGAACACAGCAAUGCAAAUAUUCAAGAAAGAAGUUCAUAUGCAUUUCUCUGUGUGCCAUAGGUGUUUUGUUUAUGUAUUUUUCCAGACUAUACAAACGGACAUCAAUAUGGGAGCAAUCCAAGACCACUCAUAAAGAAAUGACCGUAGAUGAAGUAAUAUUCUCAUUAUCAUGGCCUCCCUCAACUUCCAACUUCUCCUCUUUCAACAACUCUUCCAGUGCUCAGUACAGUGAGGUCAGGCUAGAGCAGUCUAGGGCUCAGUACUGUGUGGGGGAUACACUGAAUGUGCUGGUGGAGAUGAGGAACUAUUCAGGGCAUCCAAAAUCCUAUGGAGGAGACUUCAUCCUGGCCCGGAUCCACUCUGCAAAGCUCCAGGCAUGUGCAUCAGGAGACGUUAUUGACCUCCUCAACGGCUCCUACCGUGUGCGUUUCCGCUUGUUUUGGCCCGGAGAGGUGCACGUCUCUGUGCGUCUGAUCCACUCCUCUGAGGCAGUUAGGGUCCUCCAGAAAGACUGGAUGCAGGACUACGGUAAGGCUAUGCACAAGGGAACCUUCAUCAGUGGGAAAAAGAGGGAGACGUCUCAGUGCGCCCUCCGGCUGAGCCCAGACAGGCCCCUGUGUGAGUACAGGAAGAAGGAGGAUGGAGAAUAUUACGCCUGCUACAAGCCCCAGACCCUUCCCUGCAACUCUCUGACCAUUACAAAGUCCUACAUUCCCCCAGGUCCUCAUCUCACAGAGGAGGAAGUUCAGCUCUUAGCCAGGAAAAAUACUGGAAUAGAAAUAAAAAACAGCUUCAAGCCUGUGACAGUCGUUGGUUGUACUGAUGCAACCCACAGACCAACUGAAAAGUGUGUGGCUGGAAUGAAUUCCCCUUUUCCUGGGGGAUAUUUCUAUUCAAACAGGUGGUCUUCUUCCAUUUGUCAGAUAGGCCCCUUCCUCAGUGAAGAGACCAUCACCAGAUGUUUAAAGGGAAAGACUCUCUACCUAUUAGGUGACUCCACUCUGCGCCAGUGGAUAGAGUAUUUGGGAAGAAAGCUGAAAGGCCUGAGAUACAUAGAAAAAGGAGAUGAUUCAAAGUUGGCUGCUGAUGUCCAUAACAACAUCACUGUCCGGUGGGCAAGGCAUUCUCAUCCCUGGAUUGGCUUUCGCGCAGCCAACAUAAAGGCAACAAUCCCCCUUCCUGAAAUACUGGACAGGAUAGCUGUUGGUAGUGGGCAGGACGACGUGAUAUUGGUCAUUGGAAUUGGCCAGCAUUUCCGGCCCUACCCCCCAGAAGUCUUUAUCCGAAGGCUACGAAAUGUCCGCCGGGCAAUCCUACGGUUACAUGCUCGUAGCCCACAGACAACUGUUGUUAUAAAGCUGGAGAACAGCAGGGAACUGGAGUCAAAGAUGACACAAUUCAGUAACUGGUAUGGCUACAUGCAGAACCUGGCUCAGAGAAAGGUGUUUGAGGACAUGAAAGUCGGUUUGGUAGAUGCCUGGGACAUGACUGUGGCCGCCAACACUUUUGCCGUCCACCCGAAUGGAGUCGUUGUAUCUAAUGAGCUGGCUCUGGCCCUGUCAUUCGCCUGUCAUGAGGCAUAGGUGCCCUUUGAAAGGUCACUCUGUAAUUGUAUGUAUUUGCGCACUUCUUUGUAAAUUGCAUUUGGAGAUGUUGAUAGCAUAAGUAUAUAACCCGUGAUCAGGCAGCUCUAAAUAAAUGAAGGUGCAAUAACUCCUUUAUUUGUUAUAAACCUUUACUGAACCAUACCACUUAUUUAUUGGCCUUAUUUAUCUACUCUGCAUGCCAUAAAAGUUAUUAGGAUUUCAAGAUAAAAACACAUGUUCCCAGGAGGAUUAUUGGUCAGCACAGGUUUAUCAAUAUACAUAUCCCACUUAAAACCAUCUCUAUAGUGAAGCAUGUUGAUGGUAGUAUUAUGCUAUGGGAUGUUUUUCUUCAAACGAUGACAAGUUAGACCCUAUACACCCAUGAGACCUCUCUGUUCUGCUACCUCUUGGUGGCUAGCACCCCUUUUUUUCUUUGGACAAUAUUAUACCUAUACCAGGGGUGAAAGUAUAAAGGUCAUCUUUCCAGUGGUUCUUUCUUAGUUAGGGGCUGAAGCCGCUGGAACCCUAUUCUUUUUGUUAGGAUUCUUUUCCCCCCCUCCCAUUUCACCUCAAAUAACCAUGAGCUGGAAUGGCCUAGAAAUUGAGUGUCUUUCAAGAGGUUUGUGCUAUUCUCUAAUGUGGGUAUUUCACAUACUGUAGUGUAAGCAUUCAGAUGGCUCAAUCGUGUUAUGUUUGAUGCCUGGUUUACCGUGAAGCUAGAACAUCGCCAAUAUUUUUCUAACGUGGAAUAUAAUUUUAUUGUAAUUUUAUUGUAUUAGUAUCUCCAUGGGCUAUAAUUGUAACUUAGAGUAAGGAAAAUGCCCAUUCAAAUUCACUGUGUGCUCAUUAUGUGCUAGAUGAACAUAAAAUUUCCCAUGGAGUGAUAAUAAAUGUAACAUUUGUAAAAGGCCAUCCCGCCCCCAUGCAACAAAUUCGAACAUACUACAGAGUACAGAAAAACAUACAAACAUGAAUGAUUACAAAUUUUGGUAUGAGUACCAGUGUGUCAUAAUGAUUUUGCAUUAUUUUUCAAUGUGAUAUCAAUGUUUCAAAAUAAACCAUCACAAG